GUGUAUUGGCAGAUGGUGCAACAGAAAGGUAAGCUGCCUGCAGAAGCAACGGAGAAGCACGUGGAGAAUCUCAUUGUGUGUGCCUCCUGCAUGCAGCAAAUGGAGUUGAUUCCAAGCACAACUCUGUCUGGCCUGCAGGCAAGAUCUUCGACAAGGUGCGAGUGCUCACAGAAUCAGGAGGAAAGGCAGCGCGUGUCCGCCUCAUUUCACGUUCCGUCGCUUGCAGGUGCCUCAGCGGACAAAGGAGCAGCUGUGCGUUGUCCUGAAGAACGUACCAUACUCAUGGUGACAAGCAGAAAGACGCUGCACACGCGCCAAGUGUUUUCAAUGCUGCUGCUGCUCACUUCUCGAUCAGGACCAAGGCUCAGCUGCAACAACACAUCCAGCACCAGUGCUCGGCCUUCAUCAGCGCCAACCCUGCAGCUGCCGCAGGGUGCAAGGCACCUGUCAUCGCGCACAUCGAAAUGAAGCCCUUGGUGCCAGUCGCCACCGUGUGCUGCAACGACCGCGAGAACCGGCAGAUCUUCGACCGCAUGCGCACCAUCACAACCGACGGCAACAAGCCCGACAUGCUAGUGCAGGAGUUCCUCAGUGACGCGGAGCGCAAGGCCCUCAAUCAGGCCGCCCUGCAGCCGACGUCUGCCACGCCCUCGUCGAGUGUGGCCUUUCCUCCGUCGCAGAGCGUGGCAUCUGAUGCGGUGAGCUGGCCGCCCGGGACGACGUUCAACCAGGUAUACGGCACGCACGGUAAAUGGCUGACAAGAAAGAUGGUUGACGGUUGAUUUGGGCGGUAAUUGUACGUAUGCUUUGUAGGUUCCUGCUCAAAUCCGACAGCGACUGGCGGUCUUCCUUGACAGAGUUCCUAACUAUUGGUACGCUGUGUUCCUGUAUCCGUUGGCGUGUGCGUAUUUGGUGAUGUGUGCGGGUGUGUCAGGUCAAAGGACGAUGUGCACACGCUGGUCGUGACGCACUGCGCAGACUUCAUCAAGACAACUCCCGCGGUCGCACAAAGCUGCAAAGUGCCCGAGAUUGCUGAGGUCUACAGACCAUCUUUCGGACCCUACGCGACGCUUUGCUGCAAGGACGACGAAAGCCGCAGGAUCUUCCACCACAUCAAGUACAUCAGGACGCCCGAUGGGAGGCAGAUUCGUGUCAUGCCCUUUGUGCCCCGUGAUGGGUGAGAAAGCCUGUGACAAUCGUUCAGUGAUGACAGCUUUGACCUUUUGUUGUAUGCAGGGAUGAUCGCAAGUGGGCUCCCACUGCCUCCACUGCAUCGCUGCCGCUGUUGUCGACCCUCAAGACGGCUUCCGAGGCCGCCAACUUCUUCUCAGCCGUCAUCCAUCCCCUGAUGAGACUAGCAGAGGCUGACAAGGACAAGGUCCCCGUGGUGGCCUUGCACGAGCACGCCGGUCGUCUCGCCAUCGGUGCGUGGACAGAGAUCGACACCUUCAAGCCCGACGAGCCCAGCACGCCAUCACAGGUGUCUCGAGACCCAUCGGCUUCCCUUGACGACUUGCCAGGGCAGGCCGCCACAGCAGGGCAGCAGACGGGGGUCUUCAGCGUUGAGUGGUGGUCGCGCGUGCUUGGGCAGCCUUCCAAUGCGAUGUGGCAGAAGAAGGGGGGUCAGGACGCAUCGACCAAUGGGGCACAGCCGGCUGCCGAGUCGUCGGAUGUCGACGAUAGCGGCGAGACUCCUGAUGAUGUGGCCGACACACAAGAGGAGGACAUACUUCGAGCCCUCUGUCAGAUCAUCGAUCGUAAGAGAGAAACACAGAAUCCACGGACCAUUUGACGUCUGACCGGCUGUCUGUGAUGCUGUCAGAGCGUGGCGGCCGUUCUGCGUUCACCGAUGGUCUGCAAAUGCUGGCGCAGCUCCCGGUCUUCCGCGAGCGAUUCGUCAUGCCGGCCGUCCGAUUCGGGUGGAUCGCCAGCGCCGGCAGCAAGCCUGAGCUGCGCAAACUCUACGAACGGCUGCGGAAGCUCAUCCGGCGCAGGGCAGACGUCUUCGAGGUGCAGGCCAUCGGCAACGCGCCAGCUGCCAACUUCAAAAUCAAGCUCGCCCAAGGUGCUGACCGGUACCUCUCGUCCGUCCGUGUGCGCGGGGGCUCCACUGUGGCGACGGCCAGUGGUGGAGUGGGCAGUCCGCCUGUUGCCACGGUGGCGGUGCUGGAGCUCGAGGGCAUGGGGUGCGAGCAGGCUCAGGAGCUGCUAAAGGGCCUCCUGACCUCCCCGUACGUCCUCAAGGUGGCCUACAACCUGCCCGCCAUCAUCAAGGCGCUCGAGCUGCCAGCUGCCGAGGCCCCCUCAUCCAUCCGCUUCUGCUGGGACCUGCAGCUAGCGUAUGACAUCGUUCACCUGACCCCUCUCGCGUCACUCAAUGACAUCCUCACAUGGCGACGCGACACACGACCGCCCGCCAUCUCGACAGAGCCCUCCAGCAAGGAGAGCGAGGCCGUGGUCUCGGGCUUCCUUCGCGCAGUGGACGAGCUGGCCGCCAUGACUUCGCCAGAGGAGAUGCGACUUAUCGGCCAGGCGUCCGACCGACGACUCGCCCGCAUGGUGGUGGAGGACGGCGGGGCCUCGGCAACUGCUGGCGAGACGCAGGUGGGCUUCGCCCCUCAGACCUACCAGAUGCGCUCGAUCGAGGUGCUGGACGUGACGUCGGCCGGCACAUCGGUGCCAUCGACGGUGCCAUCGACGGUGCCUGCCAGCCAGAGUGAGAAUGCGGGCUUGAAGGACUGGACAGACGUCGACACUCUGUUGGACCUGGUGCGCAAGAAACGAGCAAUGCCUCACGCCUGUCUGUCUGUGAACGUAUGCUGCAUUGUGUCAUGUGCGUCAGGUGCACGAGGACUUUUGGGAGGCAGGCGGCAUCCUCGAGGCCACCAGCAAUCGCAACAAGGGACCCACAGCAGCAGCGGCAUCAGGCAGCGGUGGUGGCAGUGCACCAUCCACGCACCACCUGUACCUUGUCGAGAUCGUCUUGUAUAUCGGGCAGCGGCCGUACGCCAUCACACGAUCGACCCCAAAGAAGAGGUACCUGGUGCCGACCCAGUCGAGUGUGGUCGAGAGGAAGCAUCUCGACUUUGCCGUCGACAAGCUGGGUGGCACAGACAACAUCGGGUAAGCAGACACGAAGACAGCUGUUUUCAUAUAGUGCAUGCUGUAUCCGUGCAGGCCCGACAAUCGUGCCAUCCUUCCUGGCUCUCUGCAUCGCAUCAGCGCUGUACGGAACAAGUCUGAGGGGCGCACGGUGAUCGGCCUGACCAUGAGGGUGAGCAGGGAGAAUUGGAAGAAAGUGAGAGCAGCCAUUCAUUCGUCGUGUGUCGGUCGGCAUCCCUCCAUCCGCAGGUUGGUCGUGCCAUGAAGGGCAACACCGACAUGAUCCAGGAUCUGCUCUUGUCGCCUGAGAGGGGUGUGGCAGCUGAAGAUGGCCUCUCCGUCCUUUUCCUUGGUAGGAGAGGUCUCUCUGUGUGGGCGUCAGGGCCCUGUGUGUUUAUUUACUGCAUGUAGGUGCCCCUGGCUGCGGCAAGACGACCAUCAUCCGCGAGGCCUCCCGAGUGCUCACUACUGGGGAUUUGCAAGUGUGCAUCGUCGACACCAGGUAGCGACCCACCAACAGCUGGCCGCCCAUCAGGUGUCAUGCAAUGACAUCUUUUUCUGUCAGCAAUGAGAUCUGUGGCGGUGGCGAUGAGCUGCAUCCCUCGGUUGGCGAGGCCAUCCGUCUGAUGGUGCCGUGCAUCCGCCAGCAGGACAGCGUGAUGAUUGAGGGGGUCCAGAACCACACAGUAAGUAAGGCGCAGAUAGGACAGGCCGAUAAGGGAAGAAAGCCAUCACUGUUUAGCUCUUCAUUGAUGCUCACGCCGUAGCCGGAAGUCAUCAUUGUGAGUAAGUGGCACGGUGAGUAAGUGGCACGGUGGACAGCACCGGCUCUAUCCGUUCCAUAAAUGACAUGACACACUGCGUGUGACAAUGGGCAGGUCGAUGCCGCACGCACCAUCGCCCAGCGGAAGGUCCGUCUUCUGGCAACGGCUCACGGCGACUUCGUGAGCCUCUCACGGAAUUCGGAGCUUCGGGGGCUGCUGGGAGGCUUUGAGUGAGGCCACCAUACAGACUCUUUUUGAGAAAGACGACGCUGCUCCUCCUCCUUUGUGUCGAUUGUGUGUGUGUGUGUGUGUGUGCAGGACGGUGACGGUGGGCGAUGCGCUGGCGUCGCGUUCGUCUGACGGCCGAAAAUCCAAAACUGAGGUACCUACGCACGGAGAGAGAAGACCUGUUUGCCACAAGCUAGGGUGUGUGUGUUGAUGCAGCGGAAAGGUAUGCCCCCGUUCGACACGGUGGUGGAGCUGCAGGUGGGUCAGUUCGACGAGUGGCGCAUCAUACUGGACGUCGCCAAGGCCGUCGACGCCAGGCUGCAGGUAUUGUACAUGUGCACACAUACAUUCGCACACACACACAGUGGACUGACUGGGUGAUGCCCGUCUCAUGCAGGGCAAGAAGUACUUAGUGCAGGUGCGUCGCCGGUGCCCGUCGACCGGCCGCGUGUUUGUGAGGUGGGAGGAGACGGCCAGCGAUGCAGGCGUCUUCGGAAGCCUGACGUGACCUCACUUAGAGCGAUGCGUCCGUGUGCGCCUGCCUUUUUUGCGGGCGUGACCAUGUGUGUGUACCAUGUGUGUGUUUUGAUCACACAGAGGCACCGCCAGCCAGCCACCAACUAGGUUUUGCCAUCUCUCUCUCUUCCCAGCUCUGCACUGACUGUGUAUGGGCGUAUGUGUUGGCCGUGCGUGGUGAGUACUUGGACGGGACACGUUGACAGACAGACAUGUUUAUGAUAUGGAUGGAUGGAUGUGUGCGUGAAGGUCGUUUGGUGGAUGGCAUCGUAUAUGAUGUUGCGUGUCGCACGCCACUAAUGCCGACUGAGACACCGAGCCAAAUCGAACAAGCCAAAUCGAACGAGCGUGUGAUG